CAACAAACAUGAACAAUUUAUCAAAUAAAUUAAAGCCAAAAGGUCGGCUAGUGCAUUUAAAGAUCUGUCAAUAGUGUCAAUCUUUGUCAUAAAAAAAGUAUUGAAAUGAGCUCCAAUAUGGGCGUCAAUAACUACAUGAAUAUGUUUGUUCAACCACAGAAUGGCGAUAGUUCCAGUAAACGGGAAUCAUCUUGUAAGUUAAAAACUUUUAAAAUAAUAUAUACAAAUAUUUUAUUAUACCUAAUAAAUUGUAAAAUUGCUAAUAAAGCUUCUGAUGCCAAUGAUCGCAAGCGGAAGAAAAAGUCACGAUGGGGAGGAAGCGAAUUGGAAAAAACGUUUAUUCCGGGCAUGCCAACAGUUUUACCUCAUAACCUCACCAAAGAACAGGAGGAGGCCUAUAUUUGUAAGUUAAAAUUGUUGUAAAUUAUAUAAAUUUAAACUAUCUUAUUAAUUGAUUUAACAUGUGCAUGAAAAAAAAAAAUUAACAAUAUCUAAAAUAAAAAAAUACAAAAAAUUAAUAUUCUCUUGCUCUAUAAUGUUUCAAUUUUUGAACUUAUUCAUAGUUCAUAGCAAAUAUUAAAGUAAACAAAUACUGUGUUCGGGUACGUAUGGGUAGACAAGAAAUGUAUUGUAUUAAUGUAAUAUGCAGAUUAUUUUUGAUUUUAGUGAAAUAUUUAGCUGAGAAAUAAUACGAUACUACAAACUGUUACAGUCAUUUUGUGUUUACAAUGAUUUAAACAUAACAUUAUUAAUGUUAUGAUUAUUAAUACUAUUAUUAUUUUAAUUACUAUUAUUAUUAUUUUCCUUGUUUUGUGAUAUUUUAACACUUAAUAAGUUAAAAUAUAGCUAUUUACUUUCAAAGUGUAAAAUUAAUUUACAAUCAUAUCUAAAUAACUUUAAUAUAUUCAGUUAUUUAUUCGUCUUUUAAGGUCUUCAGAAAUUAAUUAUGAAGAGUAGCAUGUACAUUCAAUAAUUAUGUACUUGAAACUAUGGAAUAGAAUCCAUUUUUUUCUUUACAGCACACUGACUACUAUCUGCUUAUCCCGCGAUACAAGAAUAUGAAUGGAUUUGUAUAAAUUUGGGUUUAGGUAAUAACGUAACUUGGACAUUUAUAACUUGUUAUUUUAUUUUUGGGCAUGAUAGUUGAUAAAAACUUGCAUGUUCUAAAAUAAAUAUUUUAAUCUCAUUUAAAACUCAAAUUGAUUUCUAUAAGAAGACUCAUUUUUAUAACAUUUAAUAUAUUGAAAGUAAUUUUUUGUCUAAACCAAAUUCAAUUUUCAUAAGUGUAUUUAUUAUAGAAGGCUAAUAAAAGAUUAAUCAUAAUUAUUUUAUUUUAUUUUAUACAGUUAUAAAUAUGUAUAUAGUACUGUUAAUAUAUAGUCUCUGAAUUUUCAAAAUAUUUUCUUAUUUUUUUGUUUCUUCUAUUUUUAAAAUCUUCGUUUUUCUUAACAUUUCAUAUUGAUGUUUAAUUUUAAAUAUUUAUAUUAUAAUGAAAUUCUGGAGCUUCUGUGUCUGCAUGAGAAAUUAUAAAAACUGGAUAUAUUCUUAAUAUUAACCAAUAUUUAAAAUUAUAUUUUUUAGAUUUUAUCAUAAUAUUAAACUUAAAAAUAAUAUUACCAAUCAAUAAAAAAAAAAAUUAACUGAUAAAAUAUAAAAUGGUGGAUAAUGUAGUAUAAAUUAUGGUAUUUUCAAUAUUUUAUUUGAACAGUUAUUUAAAUGUUUUGUGUGAGUAAUUUUAAUCUGUAUGUACUAAUUUCCGGGCGUUUUUGCCCUGUUCUAACCCGUUGACAUUUCAGUACAACUACAAAUUGAAGAAAUUGGACGGAAGCUGAGGACAGGAGAGCUGGGCAUUCCAUCAAAUCCUGAAGAAAGGUUUGACCGAUUUGGAAAUCCAUCAACUAUUAUUUAGCACUACUCCUUUCGAUACGUUAUACGGGUUUGAUCUAAUCAUAAUAUUGACAUUUAUUAUACUGUUUGUUUUGUUUUCAGUAGAGAAUACUCAAAGAAUUCCCAAGGGUAUUAUUUUAAAAUUAGGCUCAAAAAUUAAUUCUUAGAAAGUUCUACAUAGCUUGAAUUAAAAAUGAAAAUUGUUUAUAUGAUUAAAUUAAUAUUAUUUAAAAUUUAAAAUUCACCUAAGCAGUUUUGUGGAACUUUCUUUAUUAAAUAUAUUUAAUUGAUUAAUUUAAUAUUAGAUUUCAUUAAUUUUGUUAGGUUAUUAAUUAUUAUUUUCUAAACAGGCUGAAUAUUAAAAUAAUAUGUUUAAUUUUAAGAUUAAUCAACAUUUUCAUUAUUUUUUUUAGCAUAUAUUUUUUUAAUUUUUGAAGUUAACUCAUGUUCUUCCAGAGGAUACUAAUUUUAAAUUUUUUUCAUACCCAAAAUAUGGUGGUCAUUUAAUUAAUUAUUUUAAAUAUAUUAUAAUUGUCCUUAAAUAUUAAUAUAUAUAUUUUUUUCAACAAAAUCAUAAAUGUAGGGCUAAAUUAUUAGAUACCAAGAAAGCAUCACCUAUAUUGUUUCAGAUCACCUUCGCCUGAGCCCAUAUAUAGUAGCGAUGGUAAGCGAAUGAAUACCAGAGAGUAUCGAACUCGUAAAAAGUUAGAAGAAGAGCGUCAUAGAUUGAUUCAACGCAUGGCAACAAUAAAUCCAACAUUUAAGCCCCCAGCAGAUUAUAAGUAAGUAUAAAUUAGAGCAUUAAAGUAUUUUUAUUCAUAAUUUAUAUUAUUAUUCUUUUGAUUUUUAAUUAAAUAUUAAAUUUCAGACCUCCAGUUAUUCGUGUUAGUGACAAAGUAAUGAUUCCUCAAGAUGAACAUCCUGACAUUAAUUUUGUUGGUCUUUUGAUUGGACCGCGUGGAAAUACGUUAAAAUGUUAGUUUGAGUCAUUAAUUUUUUUAAGCAUUUAAUAUUUUAUUUAAUACUUGUUUAUUAUUUUAUUUUUAUAGCUAUGGAAAAAGAAACCGGUGCUAAAAUUAUAAUCCGCGGUAAAGGUUCAGUAAAGGAAGGAAAAGUAGCCCGUAAAGAUGGACAACCAUUACCGGGAGAAGAUGAACCAUUGCAUGCUUAUGUAACUGGAAACAAUCCUGAAUAUGUUCAAAAAGCAGUGAACAAAGUAAUUUUCAUUAAAUAUUAAAUUUAUCAAUAUAUUAAUGUUAUUUGUAUAUUUUAUUGUAAUAUUUAUAGAUUAAAGAAAUUAUAAAGCAAGGUGUGGAAGUUCCGGAAGGUCAAAAUGAUCUGCGACGAAUGCAACUUAGAGAGCUCGCUCUUUUAAAUGGUACUCUUAGAGAAAAUGAUGGACCUAGGUGUUCUAAUUGUGGUGCUGCUGAUCAUAAGUCUUGGAUGGUAAGUAUAUAUAUUUAUAUAAUAUAUGGAAAAAAUCUGUAUUUUAAAACUAUGUAAUUUUUAUGUAAUCAGUUUCUGUGUACUCAUAAUAAAACACACAAUAAAAUAGUCAACAUUUGUGAAUAAAAUAUUGGAGUAAUAAUUGGUUUCUGUUGAUUCUGUUUCAUGUUAUUUUUGUUUUUUUAGAAAUGUUCAAUAUUUAUAUGGGGUAAAAACAAAUGAAAUUAAUGAAUUUGGAGUAUCAUACCAUGGGUUAUUUAUUAUGUAGGACAUACAAUCAAAAGUUGUAUGAGUUGUUUUUCGUUAUUUCAAAAUUGUGGCCCCAAUAGCCGUAUUGAGUUAAAACCAAUUUUCACCAUCUUAGAAAAUGAGAGUGAAAACUGAAAAUGUUAUUAUUUUAUUGUCACCAAAAAUACCAUGAAAUUCAAAAUGUCAAUUUGAUUAGAUCUGGGUUAGUGGGUCAAUAAGCAAUCGCACGUUUUACAUUUAUACUGUGCAUUUCUUUAUGAGUAAAUUAAUAUAAACCAUAGUUAAAAAAAAAUUCACAAAAGAAUAUUACUAGACAUUUUUUUCUGAGUAUUUAGUUAAUCAAAAUGUCUUAAAAGGGACUCUGGUCAUAAUAAUUUGUUUGAGUCUUUUAAAUAACAUUGUGAAGGAGACUUUUUAAAGAGUAAUUUAAAUAUUUCCACUGUAGUUAUAUACAAUAAAUAUUUUAAUGUUUAAUGUGAAUUCUAUUCAACUAAAGUAUAGUGUAUUAAUAUUAAUUUUGUACUUAUUUAUAUGUAAAGUUAUUGGAAAAAAAACAUUUUUUAUUGGAGGUGUUUAACAUUAUUGUAAACUGUCAAAAAUAAGUACUUUUAAGUACUUUUAUAAAAACGUAAUAAUAGUUAGUGAAAUUUUAAUUUGUUACAGUGUCAAGAUAAACCAAAUGUCACAAACAGUAUAUUGUGUACUCAGUGUGGUGGCGCAGGGCAUAUAGCGAAAGAUUGUCGGAUGAAAAAUACUGGGGGCGCUAGUUUUCCAGCAAGUCAAGAUAAGAAUAAAAUUGAUGAAGAAUAUAUGUCCUUGAUGGCUGAGCUUGGGGAAGGUCCACCACCUCCAAAACAUAACAAUGAUGAUAAUUCCAUGCGUCCUGUUGGGAAUAGUAACGGAGGCUUAUUUAAUAAACCUCAACCCUUAAAACCGCUCAUGUCAAUACCACCUCCUCAUUCUAUACCAAAUUCAUUACCUCCACCGCCCUGGUCAAAUCAACCAAUGAAUGGUACAGCUAUGCCACCUCCUGGAAUUAAUGUGCCUCCACCAUGGCAAAUGCCUCCGCCAACAAAUCAGCAGUAUUCAAACAUUCCUCCUCCACCGCCAGUAGCUAAUCAAAAUUUCCAACAACAAAUGCCAUGGGCCAUGCCGCCACCACCACCACCUCCAAAUCAACCUACAUCUAUGCCGCCACCAUGGCAACAGGGACCACCACCUGCUCCUCCAGCUCCUACUACUGUGUCAGGCAUGUGGCCACCACCUGGUGUGGGUACUCAACCGUGGCCAAGUCAACAACAGCAACAAACCAAAGUUCCACCGCCAAUAGCACCCCCUCCAAUAGGUCCAUCUAUGAUGAUGCCUCCCCCUGAUUUGCAGACCUUGUUAGCUGUUCCUCCUCCACCACCACCACCUCCUCCGUCAAAUUAGAUGUAGAUAGGGCAUUUGUAUAUUUUUUCAAUAAAUAAAUAUAUUGUACAAGUCUACAUUGUGAAUAGAUUUAUAUUUUUGCUUAUAGCAUAACAUUGUGUUUAAUACAAUAUUAAUUCAAAUAUUUGAUUAAGAUUAUUAUACAUAAACUUUUUUGUAAGAUAUUGUAUAUUAUAUUUUUACAUUCAUUUAUGAUUUAAUAUUUGCAUUGCCAAUUUAUGGGAUUAGGGAGUUUUUACUUUGAAGAUUUUCUCUUGUAUAUUUCGAUUUUAUUCACUAAAUAAAAAUAUGUGUGCAUAAAUGGUUUAAUUUUAUUUAAUCAUUGUAAUAUUAUAAAAUUGUCAUUAGUAUAGCAUAUAUUAUAUCAAUUUGUUUUCUUAAUUUAAGUAAUAAAUUAACUCAUUAAUUACAAGAACAUUUAUAAUAAUAAAAAUGUCAAUUUUAGUAGAGAAGUAGGUGGAUGCUAUUGUGAAAAAUUGUAAUUUAGGUUAUUUAAUAACCUAUUAGUGACAAGAAAGAUUAUAUUAUAAUAUUUACAACUUACUUUUAAUAUAAUAUUUUUAAACUAUUUCUUUUAAACAGUACUUGUAUUUAAGUUCAAUGUUUAUUUUGGAAAUGCCUGAUCCUAUUAUGAUAAUAAAUUGGUUCUAGCAAUUAUUUAACAUCGCAUUUAUGCUAUUUAUGUAAGCAUUCUAUAUGUAUAGAACA